CCUCCAGCGGCAGCAGCCCCAGCUCCCCUCUGCAAGCAGCCACUAGCCGGGGCCACGCUUGCCGAGGGCCAGGCGCAUUGGCUGGAGGGGGCUGUCACUCUUCUCCCCCCCCUCCCGCGCCCCGGGUGGAGGUGGGGAGGGCUCGGAGCGAGCGGCUGCUGCGUGCGCGAGCGAGCGAGCGAGUGGGAGACUCUGUUUUGGGUCGUCUUGCAAACAGUUGGGGAGAGUGAGCGUGGCAGGGAGCGCGGGGCUGAGCCGCCGCAGAGAGUGACCAUGGCUGUCUCCUCCGCGCCUCCCGUCAUCUCGGCAACUUCCAGCAGCGCCAGCAGCGGCGGCAGCGUGGGGGGGCCGGGGGGCUUGUUCCGGGCAGACCCCCUCUAUUCCUCCAGCCCCUCCGAGUCCCCCCGGCUCACCAACAGCCUGGUCAACAGUUUCCUGGCUUCCAGCGGCGGCGGUGCGGGCACGGGAGGCGGCGGAGGGGGUGGCAGCAACGAGUGUAAGAUGGUUGAUCUGCACGGGGUGAAGGUGGCUUCUUUCCUGGUGGAGGGGCAGGAGCUGAUCUGCCUGCCGCAGGUCUUUGAUCUCUUCCUCAAGCACCUGGUGGGGGGGCUGCACACGGUCUACACCAAGCUGAAGCGGCUGGAUAUAUCGCCCGUGGUGUGUACGGUGGAACAGGUCCGCAUCCUGCGGGGGCUGGGCGCCAUCCAGCCCGGCGUGAACCGCUGCAAGCUCAUCACCAGGAAAGACUUCGAAACUUUGUACAACGACUGCACCAACGCCAGCUCACGGCCAGGAAGACCCCCCAAACGCUCCCUGGGAGUUGCGAUACAAGAAAAUGCACGUCUUCUGCCCCAUGGAGUCCCAGGCCUGUUAUCACCAGGACUUAUCUCCCCAACAGAUUUAAGAACUUUGUUUUUUCCUGAUGAAACCCAGAUAAAGUUUGCAAAGCUCAAGACUCUUCAAAUCCAAGGUCUAACAGCAGCUGCCAUGGCUGAGGCAAUGAAGUUACAGAAGAUGAAGCUUAUGGCAAUGAACAGCGUCCAUGGAAGUGGAAGCCAAAAUGGAACAGAAUCAGAGAAUGAAGAGCUCAAUUCUAAUGCAGGUGGGAGUGAAUCCUCCUGGGAUAAAGAGAAACUUCAGUCUCCUAUUACAACAGGAUCACAGCAUGGUGUUGGUCAUGCCACACUAUCAGGACAAUCCAGCCUUGGGAGUGCACAUCCCCUCAGUCCUCUCCAGCAAAAUCACCUGCUCACCAACAGGAUAGAUCUGCCAUUUAUGAUGAUGCCCCAUCCUCUCCUCCCAGUCAGCCUACCUCCUGCUUCAGUUGCAAUGGCAAUGAAUCAGAUGAACCACCUCAAUACUAUAGCUAACAUGGCUGCUGCAGCCCAGAUGCAUAGUCCUCUUUCCAGAGCAGGGGCCUCUGUUAUUAAGGAGAGGAUUCAAGACAGCCCUUCUCCUGCUCCAUCUCUGGAAGAUAGUCAGAGGCCUGGGAGUCAUGCGUCUUCACAUCAGAGCAGUAGUGUGUCCAGCUCUCCAUCCCAACUUGACAACACACCAGAUAGAAUUGCUAUGCUGACCAACACCAGAGAAGGAGAACUCAUUGAUCAAGAUACUGGGACCAAUCUAAAAAAACUCCAAAAGGAGAAAGAAGAGGUCCAAAUUGCUAUUCCAGUAAUGAAACCAACCUUAGAUAAAGUCCAACUGGCUGGACAGACCUUGCCUCCUGGGUUCCCUGCACCAUUUCUUUUUGCUGACGGUUUAUCAUCAGUAGAAACUCUAUUAACCAACAUUCAGGGUCUACUGAAAGUAGCUGUGGACAACGCACGAGUCCAGGAAAAACAGAUACAACAGGAAAAGAAAGAGUUAAAGAUGGAACUUUGUAGAGAGAGAGAACUGAGAGAGAGCUUAGAAAGGCAACUUACAGCUGAGCUGCAAAGCAGAGCCACAAUUCAAAAGCGCUUGAAGAAAGAGAAAAAAGCAAAGAGAAAAUUGCAGGAAGCCCUGGAGUUUGAAUCAAAGAGGAGAGAACAAGUGGAACAGGCACUUAAACAGGCCACGUCGGGUGAUGGUCUCAGGAUGUUAAAUGAUGCUGGAAUCCCAGACAUGGAAAUAGAACACAAUGGAACUCAACAUGACAGUGCAGCAAUGCAAGAAAACAGAACAUACGUCAAACCUACUAUUAUGUACUGAAGGAAGCUAUUGUUGAAAAAUAUAUAAUGAUCACUAUUUGAAGACCAUAUAGUACAUGAAAGACAUCCCUUCCAACCUUUGAUGCCUUCAGUACUGCGUGAAGGAUUUGUAGCAUGAAACUUGAAGGACAAUUUCAAGCAAUUUACUGUUGCUGCAUCGAAAACUGCCGUAUUGUCAUUAAGAUAUACUGAGACUUUUUACAAGCUUACCAUACCAAACCAAGCCUGUUGCAACUGAUCAUUUUUAGGUCCCAGAAGAUAGAAAGAAGUUGUAGUAUUUUUAAGCACAUAAAGGAAUUAUUCCCCAAAAGAACUAACUUUUUUUUUUAAAAGGAGGUAGUGAUUAUUGUAUAGCAAUGGCACAAUGAUUUUAUUAAGCCGCAAAUGUUCUCACUGGCUGUACAUCAUACAAGUCCAGUUUAUCACUGAAACCGUUCAACAUAGAGCUGUUUCAACUGUGUUUAUAAAUUAAGCUUUGUUUACUGAAGCUGAUACUCAAUAUAUUACCUUUGAAAGAAAAAUGUGUGUACAUUUUUUAAAACAAUGAUGUAAAAAUUGUCCUUUCAUUAGACGACCAAUUCAAGAGUGUGAGCUAAACCCUAAUAGCUGACGUAAUAUGAGGAUUAUAAUUGAUGCUUUUUUAUGCUCAGUUCAGCUUGGCUUUUGGUCUUUUAAGAUAAAAAAUGAAUAUGCAGUAGAGUGUUAGAUAAUGGAAACUUUUAAGUAUGGGUUCUCUGUUGUACCAUAUUAAGUUAAAGUACACAUUCUUUGUUAAAAUGUUCUUGCUAAGAAUACAGUAUUAAAAACUUUUUGUUUGACUUUGGAAA